AUGUCUAAUACAUCGAGUCAGAUGUGUGGGUUUUCCAACGUGGAAAACAUGAUGAGGUUGCGAAAAUGUUUGAAGGGAGAGGCCCUUGACCGAGUGAGAUGCGAACUGCUGCACCCUAGCAACGUUCCAAGGGUCUUAUCAACGCUCAAAAUGCUGUAUGGAAAACCAGAAGCAAUCAUUCAAGCCGUGAUUGGAAAGGUGAGAAAUCUGCCUUCGCCAAAGGUAGAAAAGUUAGAGACAAUUGUUGACUUCGCUCUUUCUGUAAAAAACUUGUGUGCCACCAUUCAGGCGUGUGAGAUAAGCGACUACGUAUACAGUGCCUCUCUGAGAUACGAACUUGUAGAACGGUUUCCACCUGCAUUGAAACUAGAAUGGGCAAGAGCGGCUCGACGUGUUCAGGUGCCCACUUUACUGGAGUUUAGCUCAUGGUUAUAUUCAGUGGCGGAAGAUGCAAGCGCAGUGACUGGAGCACAGCAUAAUGCCUUAAGACACGAAAUAAAAGGUCGUUCGAACAAAGAUAGUUAUUUGAACUUCCAUGGUGAAACAGAUAACGAUACCGAAAAUAAAGCGCAAGAGACGACAAAUAUUUGUCUAGUCUGCAAGGGAAAUUGCUUAGCCCUACCAAAGUGCAAACGAUUUAUUGAUCUUAAUUACGACUCCAGGUGGGCGACGAUUGAAGAGCUCAAACUCUGUCGUAAAUGUCUUAGGCGACAUAAUGAUUCUCGCUGCCGGAGCAAAAUAUGUGGAAUCGAUGGAUGUCCGUUCCUACACCACCUUCUCCUUCACGGAUCUAAAAAGUCAAGAGAGUUGCCUGUAGAGCAAAACCCUUCCGAAGAGCGAGCCGAAGGCAGCCUGAACUACCAUCGUGAACAAACUAGCGACAUAUUGUUCCGAGUGAUACCAGUCGUUCUAUACGGCCCCAGCAGAGCAGUAGAAACAUAUGCGUUUUUUGACGACGGCUCUGAACUGACUUUAUUAGAAAAUGACUUAGCCAAGAAACUAGAAGUAAGUGGAAAACCAUCAUCGUUAUGUCUGAGGUGGACAGGAGACACCAAGAGAGUCGAGAACUCAUCGCAAAAGUUAAAUCUUCGUAUAUCUAGUUCAUCGAACAAAACGUCGAAAAUUGAACUUUCAAACGUACGUACAGUGGAAAAAUUACAGCUGCGACCGCAAACUAUUAAUAUUGAUGAAUUAAAACAGCAAUUUGAUCACCUGAAGGGGGUGCCAGUCCAGUCAUAUGGCGCAAUCUCUCCCCGGAUCCUAAUUGGACUAGAUCAUGCUAAAUUGGGACAAGUUUUAAAAAGCCGUGAAGGUAAACGUAAGGAACCGAUAGCGGUAAAAACCCGCCUGGGAUGGUGUGUGUAUGGGUGCACUAGUGCAGUCACUUCAUAUGACAAUGUUGUCAAUCAUCAUGUAAUUGAUGUAUGUGCUUGCAACGGGGGAAACGAAGACAUUCUACACAAUGCUAUGAAAGAGUACUUUUCUAUUGAUAGUAUGGGUAUAGUAAAACCGAGUAGAAUAAUCCUUUCCUCUGAAGACGAACGCGCGCAACUCAUGUUCGACACACUAACGUGUAAAAAAGGGAAACGUUAUGAGUCCGGUCUACCGUGGAGGUACGAUAAUGUUCGAUUACCCGAUAGUAAAACGAUGGCACUGAAGCGUUGGCAAUGCCUGGAGCGUCGAAUGCAAACGGAUGAAUCUUUACGGAAUACUUUGGACCAGAAAAUUACCGAUUACCUCGCUAAGGGUUAUAUUAGGAAAUUAUCAAACGCCGAGCUUCAAUUUGAUCGUACACGUGUUUGGUAUUUGCCUGUUUUUCCAGUGGUGAAUCCCAAUAAACCAGAUAAAACGCGAUUGGUAUGGGAUGCAGCCGCUAAGGUACACGGAGUGUCACUAAACUCUGCUCUGUUGAAAGGACCCGAUUAUUUAACAUCUUUACUAAGUAUCUUGAUCCAAUUCCGGGAACAUCCGGUAGCAAUCUGUGGCGAUCUGAGGAAAAUGUAUCACCAGGUACUUAUACGUAAGGAAGAUCAACAUUGUCAGCGCUUUCUUUGGGGGCACGACCCAGAUACAUACAUCAUGCAGGUGAUGACAUUUGGGGCCUGUUGUUCGCCUAGUACGGCUCAAUAUGUGAAAAAUAAACAUGCUGCAUCAUACGAGAAUGAAUUUCCCGCUGCCGUACGUGCUAUAAUCAAGCAACAUUAUGUUGACGACAUUCUCGUAAGUGUAGAAACAGAAAAAGAAGCGCUGUCACUCGCACGUGACGUUAAUAUGAUUCACACAGAAGGUGGUUUCGAAAUGCGAAACUGGCGGUCCAAUUCAUCAGUUGUACAGGCCAAACUAAGUGAACUUCGGGAAACCGAGAAAAAUUUAUACGUUACUGGAGGCCUUACUACAGAGAAAAUUCUCGGGAUGUGGUGGAACACAGCGAAAGACUGCUUUACUUUCAAACUAUCGUCUAGGCAUGCAGAUGAGUUGCUUGCUGGGAGAAGAAGACCCACUAAACGAGAAGUCCUUCGCACGUUAAUGCUGACCUUUGACCCAAUGGGAUUAAUAGCUCAUUUUUUGAUGUAUCUUAAAGUAUUGUUGCUAGACAUUUGGCGCUCAGGAAUCGGCUGGGAUGACCCAAUCAAAGAACCAGAAUUCCAGAAAUGGCUGGUAUGGGUCAAAGUACUACAUCAAAUCGAGAAAUUAGAAGUUCGAAGGUGCUAUCGUACCGCUACCUCUAAACACGCAGACAUUCAGCUGCACACAUUUGUUGAUGCCAGCGAAAACGGUUUUGCGGCUGCUACAUAUCUUCGGUUCAAAGAGGGGUCCUCAAUCGAAUGUGUACUAGUAAGUGCUAAGACUAGCAUAGCUCCAAUUAAAUUUCUCUCGAUCCCCCGCUCCGAGUUACAAGCGGCUGUUCUCGGUAUGCGUCUAACGAAAACUAUUUUGGAAUCGCUAACUAUUGAUGUAAAAAAGCGAUUCUUUUACACUGAUUCGAGAGAUGUAUGUUGCUGGCUGAAUUCAGACCAUAGGAAAUACAGCCUAUUCGUUGCCAUUCGAGUAAGUGAAAUCUUAGAGCAUACAGAGACAACGGAUUGGUAUUGGAUACCAACAAAAUAUAACGUCGCAAAACUAGAUUCAUCCAGCCGUUGGUUUCGCGGUCCCGAUUUUCUCUGGGAACCGGCUAAUAAGUGGCCCGUUUUGAUGCAGCAAUGUGGUGAAACCGAUGUAGAUCUCCGUCCGCACCUGCUGAUGCAUCUUACGAUGGUGCAACCAUUAGUCUCACCUGAAAAAUUCUCAAGAUGGUCGACGCUGCUACGUCGCAUAGAAUUUUUCCAUAGAUUAGCGUAUAAUUGGAGAAGACUAGCUAAGAAGGAAAUUCCGAUAAAAGGGCCAAUAACCCGUGAUGAACGGAUUCGCGCUCAGAACUAUCUUUAUCGUAUCGCUCAGGAAGAUACGUUUACCGACGAAAUCGCGAUACUGAAAGCAAGCAUUGAGUCCGGGGCAAGUAAACCGUUUCCAAAAAGUAGUCCAAUCUACAGAGUCAACCCAAUUCUAGAUCACCAAAACAUUCUUCGUGUGCAGGGUCGAACCGGUGCCUGCAAAUACAUUGAUAUAACGGCCACAAAUCCAGUAAUCCUACCUCGAGAACAUACUAUAACCAAAUUGAUUGUGGCACAUAUUCAUCUGAAGUUUCAUCAUCAAAAUCACGAAACUGUCGUGAACGAGCUACGGCAGCAGUACUACAUUCCACGUCUCAAAGUGGUAUAUCAAAAGGUACGAAAGCAAUGUCAGCAAUGCAAAAAUGAUAGUGCAGUCCCUCGUCCACCUUUAAUGGCCGCGCUACCUGAGGCACGACUUGCCGCAUAUACAUCACCCUUUACUCAUAUGGGGGUGGACUAUUUCAGACCGAUAAAAGUGUCAUUAGGUCGUCGAACUGAAAAAAAUGGGGAGUCCUUGCAACGUGCCUCACAACGCGAGCGAUCCAUCUGCAAAUACUCAGAAAUAUUUUUUGUCGCAGAGGAACUCCAGCAGUGA